AUGGCAACUCAAACUCAAGUGCUAAAACGUGGUGCCGUCCAACCGGCACGUAUUCAUGAUUAUCUUUAUGAUCCAACAUGUUCAUUGUCAGGUGUUCGUGAUCAUGCUCGGGAAACAUUUGUAGCUAAGACAAGUUCAGAACAAUUGCAAGCUGUACCUGUCUAUGAACACCUUUUCAGUGAUCUACGUCAGUAUCCUCGUUUUGCUUAUCGAAUUCAAGCUCGAGAUCCUGUUCCAGCACAUGUCAGCCGACAAUGGAUAGGACAAGCAGAUGCUCAUCGAGAACAAAUUGCUAUAUCUCGACUUUUUACAGGCAACGAAGCAUUCGUUGUUCCACCACGAACCUUUGACCAUGUAGAUGUUGGAGGCCGUGAACGAGCAAAAUUUUUUCGUAAACCACUUGUACCUUUCAUGGAAAAUAUUCAACCACUAGUUCAACUUGAUACUGGUCGAAUGACAACAGGUACUUUCGGAGAUGCUGGUGCAAUGCCUGGUCCAGGACGUUUACUAGGCUCGACAACAGCAGGAAUAUCGAUGGGACAACCAGCAACACGAACACAAGCUAUUCAAACAGAUUAUAUGGAACGUGAAGCUCAAACAGAUCCUUACACACCUGAAUAUGUUGUGAAACCAGGUGAACAACCGGAAGUAUUGACCUUAGCAACUCUUAUGUAUAAGAAGGGUCUUCCGGCUGGUCUUGCAGAAGUAGAAAUGAUUGAACGUGCACGUGCUAAACGUGCAUGGGAAGCCAGUUUACCACCACUUGACGAUCCUCAACAAUGGGAAAAACGUUUUAAAAUGAUGAGUGAUAUGGAAAGACAUGAAUGGCUUUUACGAGAAAAUGAAAUUGAAAAAUUGCAAAAUCUUCGUAUAGAAUUAUUAGAAAAAAUGCUGAAAGAUAAUGAAAGUCGUCAACACGAUGCCACUAUUGAACGUAUUAAUCGACAAUGGAGUAAAAAACAAGUUGAACGUGAAGAUUUUGUUAAAACUAAUCGACUUCAUUAUUUACGAGCUAUUCGAGCUUUACUUCGAAAACGAUCACAAGUAGAAACAAAAUAUGUUAAAAAUGAUAUUGUUCGUGCUUAUACAAAGUAUGAAUCACCAGCCUAUGGUCCAUUAACACGAAAUGGCUAUUUUCCAGAUAAACUCACAGAUAAAUAUCUAGUGAAAAGUCGAUUUUUGGAUACCUAUACGGGUUUAUUGGAGCUCGAAUCAACGUUACCAUCGAAUGCAUUGAAAAUUCGUCUUCCAGCACCGAAAAGAAUUAGUUCAACGAAAGAUGGACAUCUUAAACGACAAUUUCGACGUGAACGAGAUUUGGAAAAUAUAUUCAAGACUGUAGCUGAACAAAAAGAUAAACAAGUCGAAGAACCGAAACCGCUUCGAUUUUUAGUCAAAGUCGAAAAACCAGUGCCAAGACCACCGACACCUGGCAUUGAUUUACCUGAUAUGGAACAAGAGGAACGUGAGAAAAGUAUUAUCUAUAUUCAAAAACUUCUUCGUGGUCGUGCUAUACAAAAUAUGAUGUACAAGAAUAAAGAAGAACGCAUUGAAUUAAUUGAUGAAAUGCGUAGUACACAUGCAUUACAAGAACAAGAUAUGAAUAGAAAGAAACUUCAACGACAAGAUAUUCAAGCAGAACAAUAUACUCAAAGAAAAGAUAUUACAAAAGAAGAUUUUAUUGAUUCAAUGCUUCAAACUCUUGAAGGCGAAGCGAUCGGCGAUACAUUUGAUUAUCUAUCAAAAGAAUUAAUACGCCUUCAAGAGGAACGUCGUAUUGCUGCAUUCGCUAUGCUAGCUGAACGUCAACGACGUUUACGUGAAGCUGAAGAAUCAGGUUUGAGACAAGUCGAAGAACGUCGACGACGCGAACAAGAUGAACUUUUUAAACAAAUGCUCAAGAUGACUCAAAAUACGGUUGAUACAUAUCUAGAAGAUAUUAUUAUGGAAAGUACUUUUGAAACAGCAAAUGAAGAAGCUCGUGUUGAAAUUCAACAGCAAGCUACGGCAAUUGAUGAAAUCGCUCAUGAAUUAGAAUCAAAACGGACUCAACUUGAAUCGGAAAGUAUUGUUGCUGAAUUAGUCCAUGGUUUCCUCAUACCAGAAAUUGCUAAACAAGAAAGUCGUAAUAAAGUUCGUCUUGCUCAACAUAAAUAUUUGUUAGCUGCUCAUCGAGUUGUCAAAGCGAGUUGUAAUGAGAAUCUCAAUGAUUCUGUGGUUACGGAUAAACCACAAUCAAGAGAAACAACAGAACCUACACAUGAAUAUGACCAAUCAAUACAGUAUGACGAUGCAGACGAGCAACAACAACAACAAGAACAGAAUCGUGAAUAUGAAGAAGAAGAAGAAGAAAAUCAGGGAAACAACGACGAAACUCAAGGAGAAGAAGGCGUAAAUCAUCAAGAAAAUGAAGAUGACGUGUCGAUGCGAAGAGAAACUAAUGAUGAAGAUCAAGAACAUUAG